ACGGAAAUUCUGCAGAGAGAACACGAACCACCACCGUCUCAAAAUGAAAGAAUGCUGAAAAUCAAACAAAAGGGGCUCUCUGUCUUCUUCUCUGAGAGGUUUUAUUAUGAUUCUCAUUUCUAAAACCUAAAUUCCUCUUCCUGCUUUCGUGAUUUUGCUGUGGGAGAUGGCGACAAAACCAUUAAACAACAUCUGGAUUCGACGCCAGCAAUGCCCUUGUGGAGAUUGGAAAUGCUAUAUUAAAUAUGAAGGAGAUGAUCAGACAAAUGGAGGCUCUGAGUUGGUAAAGAGUGAUGGAGCAACACCAUCAUUAUCAGAUGUUAUCUUCACACCAUAUGUCGGUCAGAUAUUUAAAAGUGACGAUGAAGCUUUUGAGUACUACUGCAACUUUGCCAGAAAAAACGGGUUUUCUGUUAGGAAAGCACGCUCAACUGAGAGUCAAAAUCUUGGGGUUUAUAGGAGAGACUUUGUUUGUUACCGGUCUGGGUUUAAUCAGCCAAGGAAAAAGGCCAAUGUGGAGCACCCGAGGGACCGGAAAUCAGUACGCUGUGGAUGUGAUGCGAAAUUGUACUUGACAAAGGAGAUUGUUGAUGGUGUAACACAAUGGUACAUUUCUCAGUUUAGUAACAUUCAUAAUCAUGAAUUAUUGGAAGAUGAUCAAGUACGUCUCCUCCCUGCCUACAGAAAAAUACAAGAGUCUGAUCAAGAACGUAUUCUUUUACUCACGAAAGCGGGGUUUCCUGUAAAUCGCAUAGUGAAAGUUCUGGAGUUAGAGAAGGGGGUUCAACCAGGACAGUUACCCUUCCUAGAGAAGGAUGUCAGGAAUUUUGUUAGGACAUGCAAGAAAACUGUUCAAGAAAAUGAUGCCUUACUUACUGAAAAAAGAGAAAUUGAUAUGUUGGCACUUCUUGAGUCUUGCAGAACUACUGCACAAAGGGAUGACGGAUUUGUAUAUAACUAUACGACAGAUGAGAACGGUAAAGUUGAAAAUGUUUCAUGGGCAUAUGGGGUUUCCAUUCGUGCUUUUUCAGUUUUUGGAGAUGUGGUUACUUUUGAAACCACAUAUCGGUCCAUCACCUACAAUAUGCUCCUUGGCGUGUGGUUUGGCAUCGACAAUCAGGGCAAGGCUUUUCUGCUGGGGUGUGUUUUGCUUCAAGAUGAAACUUCUCAGUCCUUUUCUUGGGCCUUGCAGGCUUUCAUCCAAUUCUUGAGAGGAAAUCACCCACAGACAAUUGUAACAGAUAUAGAUUCAGGCCUCAGAGAUGCUAUUGCCACCGAGCUUCCAAACACGAAACACGUAGUAUGUAUAUGGCAUGUGCUGUCUAAAUUAUCCAGUUGGUUCUCUCUGCCUCUUGGGUUGCAGUAUUCAGAGUUCAAAUCCGAGUUUGAGUUGCUGUGUCAUCUUGAGAACAUAGAGGAUUUUGAGAACCAAUGGAACCACCUUGUGGCUCGCUUUGGAAUUGGUUCAGAUAAGCAUGUGGUUCUCCUGUUUUCUUACCGAGCUUCCUGGCCUGUUGCAUACAUCCGAGGUUACUUUCUUGCACGUACGAUGACAGUCGACUACAUGAAGUCUGUGGAUAAAUUCAUGAAGAAUAUCUUGAGUCCACAUUCAUCUUUCAAGAAUUUUUUUGAACAGGUAAGUGUUGCUGCAAAUGUUGUUUUUCAGAACAAAGAGAGGCUAUCAUAUUUACCCAUUAAGACUUGUCUGCCUCUUGAAGAACAUGCCCGAAGCAUUCUUUCGCCUUAUGCCUUUAAUGCCCUGCAACAGGAACUUGUGUUGUGCAUGCAGUAUGCAACAACAGAUAUGGCUAACGGCUCAUAUCUUGUGAGACAUUACAAUAAAUUAGAAGGAGAGUGUCUUGUGAUUUGGAUACCAGAUAAUGAACAAGUUCAUUGUUCUUGCAAAGAAUAUGAACACUCGGGUAUCUUAUGCAGGCAUUCUCUCCGAGUACUUGUACUCAAGAACUACUUUCAAAUACCCGAAAAAUAUUAUCCCCUGCGAUGGCGACUGGAUAGUUCCCUAGUCCUGUCUGAUGAUCAUAUAACACAAGAUAGCAGUGAUGAGUUUUCUGAGACCUUCCACUCGCUCACCUCAAUUCUAUAUUCAGAAUCAUUGAUCUCCAAGGAGCGUUUCAGUUAUGUUCAUAGAGAACUGACACAGAUUCUUGACAUUGUUAGAAACAUGCAUGUCUUCGAUGAAACUGCUCUCGAGGUGGCUCCUAAUAAUGUCAGUGAGUUAUAGGUGUUCAUGAAAGUUGUUAAAAUAACUUCCUUGAGCAUUUCCUGUUCUCUUUUGCUUAUAUAGGUCACUUGAAGAUUUUCAAACAAUCUGGAUAGAUUAGUGCUUUGUCUUGGAUCAAGAAAGUUCAUACUACAUUUCUUGCGAAAUUAGAUAGAACUGCAGCCUUCAUUACUCUGCUCUUCUUUUUUUGUUUUUUCCUGUGGAAUAUGUCCUUAU